AUGUCUUCCAAAUCUCCUAAGGAGAUUGAGCGUAGCGCCGAAGUUCUGACGUACCUCACCGGUCUGACUAUGGACAAGAAAGACAUGAUCAGCAAAAAGUACAAGUACCGUUUCGAGCAAUUCUCCUCCGGUGAAAUCCACACGAAACACAUACGCUGCAUGGAUUGUUUUGUCCUGGAGAGUUCCACUGCGGCGAAGCGUCGCUAUCGUCUGCCCACCGAGGCCGAAAAGGAAGAAGCUCGUCGUGAACGCACUUGUUACUAUGACUUCUGGCCCGAGUACAAGACUAAGCCAAUGAUCCUGACUAGCGGGGGUACCAUUAUCCCCUCUGACGAUCCCCGGCAACCUUUCAUCUUCCGAAAGGACUUCCCCAAGCUUGAUCAGAAGCUUGACCAGUACUAUCCCGCAGGGUACUACGCCAAAGCAAUGGAAAAGCCGCGCCACAAGAUCCAACAGACAGACGACAACCGCCACUCAUUGGUCCCAGAGUGGACAGAGACGCCUCUUCUCGGAAAGGAGAUGGAUCCCAACAAGCCAUGUUACACCAUGACAAAUAUCUACAAGAAUUUCGAAAUCAUGGAAUGGUGGCGUUACUACACUCCUCUUACCUGGAGUGACUACAUUGCACUUCGUCCGGACAUCAAUAAGGUCCCCCAGGCCUCAUGCAUCGGCCAUCCUGAUGGCCCGAUUCCCCGGGUUGCCGCCACGCCAGAGGCCACCGAUUCCCGGAUAUCAAUGCCGACAGGGAAAGGGAGAUCUGGCAUCUGUAUCCAACUCCCGAUCCCAGCGUGGCCGUUGCCCCCCCGAACCGCCGUUGCCUUGAGUUGUGAGACAGGCAUCGCCACGGACGGCAGCCAUGAGAUUAUUCGGAUUGGAAUGAUCGACUUCUUCACCGGAGAAGUUCUGAUCAAUAAGCUCGUCUUCCCAACUGAAGACGUCAAAAUGCUCCAUUUGAACACUCGCUGGUCUGGCGUGGACUAUCAAAUGUUGCACGUUGCCCGAGCCAUGAAGAAUGUGCUCGAAGGCCGCGACGCGGCUCGCAACCGUGUCUGGGACUUCGUCGGUCCCGACACAAUCAUCAUCACCUACGCCGGUGGUACGCGGGACCUGCUAGACCUGCGAUUGAUUCACCGAAAGGUCAUCGACCUCGAGGAGCUGGAGUCACGCCGCGAUAAGUCCGACCAGAUUAAUCUCUGGAAGGGCGGACUCCGAAAUCUUGUGUCUGCUCAUCUGCAGCGGAAGUACCCAAGUGGCAGCCACGGAAAUGUGAUUGAGACCGCCAUCGCACUCCGUGACCUUACACGUUGGUACAUGAAUAACUUGCCACCAGUCAUGAAGACCAAGGUGGAUACCAGCCGCAAGUGCACGGAUGAGGAGCUUCGGCUGGCCGCUGAGUUCAGAGAAUCCACUCGCGAGAUUUUCGGCGAGGCGGUAAUCGAUGAGGAUUACCGCUUCUGCCUUCAGCACAACUAUCCGCGUGAGGGAGGAGAGUGGAUCCGGCCUGAAAUGGAGGAGGACUUUAAUCCUCCUAUUGUGGCUGAUACCAGUGAGCUCUGGGGGUAG